AUGUCUGCCCGCGACGAACCGCCCCAUCGCCGUCCACGCUCACGAUCGCCUGCUCGCCGAGCUGAGAGGUACGACCGCGACGAGGUUCCGCGAGGCGAGCCCCGCCGGGAGCGCGAGUACGACCGUGACCGUGACCGUGGUGGGAGAGACUACCGUGACCGUGAUCGCGGCGACCCGUACGGACGCGAUGGAUCCAGAGACUACGGCCGCGGUGGACGCGGAGGGCGUGCAAUUCGUGGAGGACGUGGCGGAUACGGCGGGCGAUACGAUGAUCGUGACCGUGGCGACGACCGCAGCGGUCGGCGCUACGAUGACCGUGACGGUGGACGGCGCGAUGACCGCGACGAUCGGCGGGGAGGAAGAGACCGGGAGUGGGAUCGUGAUCGGCCGCUGGACCGGAGGGCGAUUGAGGAGGGUCGUCGGCGGCGUGAGGAGGAGCGUGCGCGCGGCGUCGUGUUCACUGAAGACGGGCAGAAGAUCGAGCCGAAGGCCGAGGAACCUGAGGAGGAAGCACCAGCUGAGAAUGCCGACGUCGAUGACGAGACGCGCGCCAUGCAGGCCAUGAUGGGCUUUGGGGGUUUCGGGACGACCAAGGGCACCGAGAUCGAUGGCAACGAUGUCGGUACGGUUAAGGUCAACAAGAAGCGGGAGUGGCGCCAGUACAUGAACCGCCGUGGCGGUUUCAACCGCGCCCUCGACUAG